AUGGCAAUCCUACCGCUUGGUGAGGCAUGCUUCCGGCUCGCAGAUAUGCUAGAGCAACACUGGUCUAACGACCAGGGCUUGAAUCGCAAGCAUUCAGCCUUGAUUUCAGCAUUAAGAUCCUCGUCAGAUCUACAAGACGAAAAGUGUGGUGUCCUGACACUCAUGCCUGCUCUUGUCAGCCAUGUGGAUGAGGUAAUCCAGAAAGGACAGCCAGAAGAAUUUAAGACUGCUGUCCUUUGCACUCUUGCAGAUUCGACGCGAGAAGGACCGUCAUGGCGGCUUCUAUUUGGUCUUGAGGCUAAACCAAAUAGCGCUGUUAACGACAACGAGAUCAGAAGGGCAUGCCCUCCCGACUGUAUUCUCGAGAUUGCAAGGCGCAUUGUCUCUGGAAAGACACAGGCGUCAACAAGCGAACAAGUGAGGUCUGCCCUCAGAAUUAUCGCCAAUUGUUGCGCAGACAACAAUGUCAAUCGGAACGUUAUCAUACAACGCGAUGGCAUUGAAGCAAUGCUAGAAAUGGCUAGACAGAGGCGAGAAUGCGACCUUGUAAUCCCAACUCUCUAUAACGUCUGCGUUGACUACGAUGAGCCCGCAAGGAAUGCGGCAGGGGAGCCAUGGGUCUCUCUCCAAGAGAAAACAGCAGAAGGUGCAAAUGCAGACUCGGGGCCGGCCGCCAAUGCCGCAGAACAAAGGCUGGGCACGUUUUGGUUCCCGGCCGAGAGAUCGACAUCGUUUGAGAUUUUGCUCGAAACCAAGGAUUACAGAGACUGCCCUGUAGCGACAGUGGCGGACCUGGUCGAAAUGGCCAGCAGAGUUGCACUCUAUGGGACCCAAAAUUUCGUGCAUAAGGUUGGUGGGCAUAGGCUGGACGAGUCAGUCGAAAUUAACACGACCGCCGACGUGGUUCAUUCAUUGCUGACGUACGGCAUUGAGCUUGCGAAAGAGGAUAUUGACUGCCGUGUCUCAAUUUGUCAAGCCAUCCUCAACUUCCUCUCACAGCCAGACACUCACCACAUUGUGGGAGGAGAUUUACGCAUGAUUUGGAAUCUGAUUCACUUACCUUAUACCAUGAAUGGGCUAGAAUUCGAGAUCGAGGCUGAUGAAGAUGAACACGCAUUAGCCAGCUACCGAAAGGAAAUCCUCAAGACGAUCUACAGGGUAUCGGCAACAGGAGCAUAUGAAAAAAUUUCCGGAUCUCAAUCACCGCUCCUUCGCAAUUGUUUUGAUACCCUUGAAGUGGACAGGCCGCACGACUUCUUAGCCAGCAUUUGUGUCCUCCUAGCUAACAGUGUCGUUUCCAAAGAACGCGCCCAGCAACUCAUUCAGUCCUCACCUAGGAACGUCGCAAAUUUCUUGUCCGACCUGAUCACCAAGACCUCUGAUUCAGGAGUUCUUCUUCCCGCUAUCAGCUUGGCGACGCGGCUGUCACUUUGUCCUGAGGGCCAAGAUGCAUUGCACAAAACCAACAUGAUCUUGGCAAUAUCAGUACUGCUCACCUCACCUAGCAGCCAUGUUGAUACCUCCAAACUCGAAAUGCAGUGGGACACGAUCAGCCUUGUGAGGUUGAUGAUUAAGGGGCGCGUGGAAUAUAUCCGUGAUUUGGCAUUCAACAGCGAAGCUUCGUCCCAUUCCAAUAUCAUGUCCGUGAUGAUUUCUAUAUUUGAAACGACAAGCCAAACAGAAAUAAAAACCGAGAUAGGAAGACUGUCAAUUGAAAUACUUCGCACGCUACUUUCGUCUACAAGGCAAUCGACGCAGUCAGUUAUUGCAGUUGAACAAGACGAAGCAGGUCGUAUGGAUCACAAAAAGGCCGAGUCAAUCUUUCAAUCCAUCAUCCCACCUCAGACAAGGCUCUCGCCGACAACCACGUCACCACCAAAUCUAGUAUCAAGAACCACAAUUGCAGAUACAAUAUCUUGCAUACUAACACAGUCUAUAAGUCAGUCCAGCAAUCCACAGCAACGUUCUUCACACCAAUCCCAUCUUCUUCAAGCCGAAGCAGAAGCGUGGUUCGGUCUAGCCCUCCUCUCCACUUUUCCGUCGACACACAGCUCGAUAAAAGCCGCGCUUGCGCGACACGACUUUCACCUGUUGAAACGGCUUCGUGAGAUCGCCGCCACCAAGGACACCACCGCUUUGGAUCCCGUUGGCCCUCACAACCCAGCGAACAGAAACGACGGGAAUAAUAUCGAGGAGGAAGUAGCUGGGAUCGAAAAUGCGCCAGGAACAGCGAAGACGACGACGGAGAAGUUGGAUCCGAGGUACGAGAAUAUCAAGGUCCUCGUUGCGAGGUUGGUCCGGCCGCAACAAUCUCAACCCCAACUCCAGCUUCAAUCAUUGUGCCUCGACUCGGAGAGCCCCAGUCCAACUACAGCACAAGCGGGGAUCGAAGCGGACAAACAGGUCCAAGCAGGCCUUGAGGCGGCAGCUGCGGAGAUGGGUCUCGACUGGGUGUUGGUUUGA